AUGGAUAAACUAGUUCCAAUAGUAAAUAAAUUGCAAAACGUGCUGUCUUCUUUUAUUAGUAGCGAAACAUUAAGUCUGCCACAUAUAGCAGUUGUUGGUGCACAAUCAGUAGGAAAAACAUCGCUAUUAGAAUCAUUAGUUGGUUUAAGUUUUAUGCCUAAAGGAGAAGAUAUUGUAACUAGAACUCCUAUUAUAAUACAGUUAACUAAUUCGAAGGCAGAUGAUUGUUAUUGUACAUUAUCGUAUUGUGAUUAUGAAAACAAUAGAGUAGAAAAGCAUAUAGAUGAUUUUUCUGUUUUAAAUGAUAUGUUAGUAAAUGUUACUGAAGAAAUUACAGGAGGAAAUAAAUGCAUUAAAGAAACUCCAAUUAUUAUAGAAAUACACAAAAAUGAUGUUUUAGAUUUAACCUUAAUUGAUUUACCAGGGUUAACGAAAGUCCCUGUUGGUAAUCAACCGCACAAUGUAGAAGAACAAAUUGUUAAUUUAGUAAAUAAAUACAUAAAAAAUCCAAACUGUAUAAUUUUAGCUGUUUCUUGUGCCAAUAUUGAUUUAGCUAAUUCUGAUAGUUUGAAGAUGGCUAGAAGUGUAGACCCAAAACAUGAAAGAACAAUUGGAGUUAUAACAAAAUGUGAUAUGGUUGAAAAACCUGAAAUAUGGAAGAAAAUGAUUAGCGGUUCUUUAUAUCCUUUAAAGAAAGGUUUUGUAGCAGUUGUGUGUAGAAGUCAAAAAGACGUUGAAGAUAAUAUUAGUAUUGAAAAUUCGUUAAGGAAAGAAGAAGAAUAUUUUAAUCAAUGUAUAGACUUUUCUAAUCAAAUGGAAUCCAUUAUGGAAUGUGGAAUAAAGAACUUGGCAAAAAAAUUAAAUAACAUCCUUAUAGAACAUAUUAAAAAUACUGUACCAUAUUUAAAACCCAAAAUUGAUGCAUUAAAAAGUAUUGAAGAAGAAAAAUUAUUAGAAUUAGGAGAACCUAUGGAUAACAUGAACCGUUCAGAAUAUUUAGCGGUUCUUGUUAAUUAUAUAACGAAAUUUUCUCAACAAUAUCAAGAUAUCAUAGAUGGAAAGGUAUUCUAUAAAGAUAGAGUAGACGAAUUAAAAGGAGGAGCAAGAAUACAUUAUAUUUUUAAUGAUUGGUAUAUAAAAUCUUUAAAUGAUUUUUCCCCAUUGGAAAUGCUAACGGAUGAAGAAAUUAGAAUAGCUAUCCGAAAUUCUAGUGGACCUAGGGGUGCACUAUUUGUACCAGAAAGUGCCUUUGAAACGUUAAUAAAAAAAUUAAUAAACUGUCUAAAGGAACCUUCACUUCGUUGUGCAGAUCAAGUGUAUGAAGAACUUAUUAAAAUUGUCGAUAAUUGUAAAAUAGCAGAUAUGGAACGAUUUACAAAUUUAAAGAGUGCAAUAAAUGAACAAGUCAAAAUAUUAUUAAAAGAAUGUUUACAACCAACUAAAGAAAUGAUAAAAAAUUUAAUGUUAAUUGAAUUAUCUUAUAUUAAUACAAGUCAUCCUGAUUUUUUAAAUGAACAUUUUAUGAAAAAUGUAUAUGACAGAGAUAAUGAUUAUGUAGAUGAAUUAGAUAAUAUAAUGAAUACUCAGAGUAACAGUAAUAAAGUUCUAAAUCAAAAAAGAGACUAUCAAGAAAAUUAUACUACUACUAGUAGUAAUAAUUAUAAUAAUAUGAACUACUCAACCAUUCAUCAUCAUACAUAUAAAGAAGAAACCAAAUCAUGGAAAAAUAAAGAAGAUAUGAAAUUAUUCAAAAAUAAGGAAGGAACAAAAAUAACGAAUAUUCAUGAUACUAGAGAGAAUGUUUUUGUUUUACCUGUUAUUCCAGACAAAAUCAUACCAGAAUAUUCUUCCUCAUCUAAGGAAAUAAUAGAAAUAGAUUUAAUAAAAUCUUUAAUUAAUAAUUAUUUUAAUAUCGUUCGAAAACAUAUAGCGGAUGCAGUUCCGAAGGCCAUUAUGCACUUUAUGGUUAAUACGUCAAGGAAAACAAUGCAGAAAGUUCUAAUAUCCAAUUUGCAUAAUGGUGAGCUUUUUAACUUAUUUAACGAAUGUUCAUCUAUUAAGGUAAAAAGGAACAACUGCAAAAAAAAUUUGGAAUCGUUAAACCAGGCUAUAAAAAUGUUGGCUGAAAUUAGGAAUCAAGAGAUUUAA